CAUGCCCCUGGCAGAAGCAGCCUCGGUGAGGACCAGAGCACCAGGUGGCCCUGAGGAGGAGCUGCUGACCUGGGAGGGGCUACCUGGAGGGGUCAGGACAGAGGCCGUGAGACCCUUCUUCUGAAGGUUCAGUGUCUUGCAGAGGCAACAUGUCGGAGGGGGUGGGCACAUUCCGCAUGGUACCUGAGGAUGAACAGGAUCUUCACUGCCAGAUGGAGAGGCUUACCAUCAAGGACCAUGGACCUGUCUUUGGCCGGUGUAGCCAGCUGCCCCGACAUACCUUGCAAAAGGCCAAGGAUGAGCUGAAUGAGCGGAAGGAGACUCGGGCGGCGGCGGUUCAAGAGCUGCAGGAGCUGGUGCAGGAGCAGGCAGCAGCAGGGGAAGAGCUGGCCCAGGCGGUGGCCCAGAGGGUGCAGGGAAGGGACAGCACCUUCUUCUUGCGCUUCAUCCGGGCACGCAAGUUCAACGUGGGGCGUGCCUAUGAGCUGCUCAGAGGCUACAUCAGCUUCCGGCUGCAGUACCCAGAGCUCUUCGACAGUCUGUCCCCAGAGGCUGUCCGCUGCACCAUGGAGGCGGGCUACCCUGGGGUCCUUUCUAGGCGGGACAAGUAUGGCCGGGUGGUCAUGCUCUUCAACAUUGAGAACUGGGACUAUGAGGAAAUCACCUUUGAUGAGAUCUUGCAGGCUUACUGCUUCAUCUUGGAGAAGCUACUGGAGAAUGAGGAAACCCAAAUUAAUGGAUUCUGCAUUGUUGAGAACUUCAAGGGCUUUACCAUGCAGCAGGCUGCUGGGCUCCGAGCUUCGGAUCUCAGGAAGAUGGUGGACAUGCUCCAGGACUCCUUCCCAGCCCGCUUCAAAGCCAUCCACUUCAUCCACCAGCCGUGGUACUUCACCACAACCUAUAAUGUGGUCAAGCCCUUCUUGAAGAGCAAGCUGCUCGAGAGGGUCUUUGUCCACGGAGAUGACCUUUCUGGCUUCUUCCAGGAGAUUGAUGAGGACAUCCUGCCUGCUGACUUUGGGGGCUCACUGCCCAAGUACGAUGGCAAGGUCAUCGCUGAGCAGCUCUUUGGUCCCCAGGCCCAAGCUGAGGACACGGCUUUGUGAAGACAUUUCUUGCCUUCUGAGCUAUAGAGAGCGUCCCUGGGCCUCUCCUGAGUUGUCCUGGACCCAAAUGUCUGGGACUGUGGUCCCUCCUUAGCCCAAACUUUGCUAAUCUUGGUUGGGUUGGGGAGGAAUAAAGCAGAGAAUUCCUCAAA